CCCCAGCCAACAACUCACCAACACAAGCUUCCAUCACCUCAGCUCACUUCUUCCACUACCACUGACCAAUCAUCUACUGGGAUCACACGAUUCACGGACCAGCCCCCACCCACGCAGUCCACAGAUCAGCUCAUGGCGGCUGCAGCGAAGGCGUCGUGGAUGGCGGCGAUGAGCGUCGGCGCGGUGGAGGCGCUCAAGGACCAGGCCGGCCUCUGCCGCUGGAACUACGCUCUCAGGUCCGUUCACGGCGCAGCCAAGGCCAAGGCCACCAUCCGCGGUGGUGUGGUCUCGCAGGGCACGAAGCGGCUUCCGGCCUCUGCGGCGGCCGUGGCCGAGAGGCGGCGAGCGGAGGAGGCCCUGCGGACCGUCAUGUACCUCAGCUGCUGGGGUCCCAACUAGGCAAGGCCGGCGGUUCCGCUUGCUUCACGUACGGCUUGCUACUUGCCUCGCUGCGGGCUGCGUCUGGGUUGUAAAUAGUACUAUCACGAUGAUGAUGAAAACUUCUGUGUUCUGUCGCUAGCUUCAGAUCUUACGAAUAAUUACAAUGCCCUUGCUUUGGGUACCUCUA